GAGAAAUCAAAGCGCAGGCGUGGAGUCGGGAGGGAGCCUAUCUUGCGCAGACUGGGUACUGUACAUGGCCAUUGAUGCUGCUGGAUAGAUGUAGCCCCUGAUGUAAAUAAGAAUGGCGAGGGCAGCGGGUCUAACAUGCCGCGUUUUCUCUGCUUGACAUCGGAGCAUUUUUAUGUCGCCUUCGGGAUUUUGCAAAGCGCGUUGGCCCUAUUUUUCCUCGUUUCCAUCUGAAUCCUGCCUUGACAGCUCGCCUGAUGGUUUUCAUUUGACACAAGAGCCAAAGCAGACGGGCGGCUUCUUCUAAUAAACACUCGGGAAAAACAGGUCAUUAUGACCUUAGAAUCCUCCAGGACAAGAAAACCAUCGGAUUGCGUUCACGCGGCAGCUGUCUGCUUGCAUCUUUUGCUUUGGAUUUCGUGUGCCGUGUCCGGUGAGGAGGAUCAUCAUCAGUUCAGCGUUGAGGGAUGGCUACAGAGGUAUGGCUACCUUCCCCACACAGAACCGGGAAUGUCCGUCCUGCGCUCUGCCCACACCAUGCACUCAGCCAUUGCUGCCAUGCAGCGGGUCUAUGGCCUCAAUGUCACAGGGACACUGGAUGAGAGAACCAAGGAUGAUAUCACGCUGAGUUGGAUGCAAAAGCCUCGUUGUGGAGUUCCUGACAAAAUUAAAAGUGCUUCGAGGUCGCGGAAGCGGAGAUACGCGCUGACAGGACAGAAAUGGCAGCGUACACACAUCACCUACAGCAUCAAAAAUGUCACGCCAAAGGUGGGUGCUCGAGAGACCCAUGAUGCCAUCCGGCGGGCAUUUGACGUGUGGCAGGGUGUGACUCCCCUCCGCUUCGAGGCCGUUCCAUACAGCGCCCUGGAGACUGGCAGGCGCGACGUGGACAUCACCAUCAUCUUCGCUUCAGGUUUUCACGGCGACAGCUCGCCAUUCGAUGGGGAGGGCGGGUUCCUCGCCCACGCCUAUUUUCCCGGCCCAGGCAUCGGAGGGGACACGCACUUUGACUCAGACGAGCCCUGGACCCUCGGGAACCCCAACCAUGAUGGUAACGACCUGUUCUUGGUUGCUGUGCACGAGCUUGGCCACGCUCUCGGUCUGGAACAUUCGAACGACCCGACUGCUAUCAUGGCUCCUUUCUACCAAUACAUGGACACAGAGAACUUCAAACUACCUCAUGAUGACCUACAGGGCAUCCAGAAAAUCUACGGUCCACCAGAUAGAGCACCACAGCCUACCAGGCCCCCGCCCACAGUCCCUCCACCUCGCUUCCACCCUCCCUCAGACCCUCGUAAACAUGACCGCCACGCCAGACCCCAUCGCCCUCCUCAGGGGGCCAAGCCCUCCAACCCCAACUCCAAACCCAACAUCUGUGACGGAGGCUUCAACACCCUGGCCAUCCUCCGACAGGAGCUUUUUGUGUUCAAGGACCAGUGGUUUUGGAGGGUGCGGGACAACUCAGUAGUUCCAGGCUACCCCAUGCAGAUCAACUACUUCUGGAAAGGCUUGCCUCCCAAAAUCGAUGCCGUGUAUGAAAACAGUGAAGGGAAGUUCGUCUUUUUUAAAGGAAACCGUUUCUGGGUCUUCAAGGACACAACUCUCCAGCCUUCGUACCCUCAGGACAUCUCGCUGUUCGGGAGCGGCAUGCCCACUCAGAGUAUCGAGACAGCUGUCUGGUGGGAGGAUGUCGCCAAAACCUACUUCUUCAAAGGAGACAGAUACUGGAGGUACAAUGAGGACAUGAGGACCAUGGAUCCAGGUUAUCCCAAACCAGUCACCAUCUGGAAGGGCAUCCCUGACUCUCCACAGGGGGCUUUUGUGGAUAAAGCUAACGGUUUUACAUACUUCUACAAGGGAAAGGAGUACUGGAAGUUCAACAACCAGUUGCUUCGUGUGGAGCCUGGCUACCCGAGGUCCAUCCUGAGGGACUUCAUGGGCUGCGACGGUCUGCCUGCCGACCCCGACUGGGACUGGAGCCCCCCUGUUGCGGAAGAACGCCACUACGACAACGGCGACGUGGACGUCGUCAUCAAACUGGACAGCACGGGGGGCACAGAGAAAGCAGUGGCCAUCGCCAUCCCCUGCGUCCUGGCGCUGUGCAUGAUGGUCCUCCUCUACACCGUUUUCCAGUUCAGGAGGAAGAGCACACAGCGCCACAUACUGUAUUGCAAGCGCUCCAUGCAGGAGUGGGUGUGAGGGGACUGUUACUGCUCUGUAUAGAGAGGGGUGUGAAGCUCUGAUAAAGGUCUAGUUAUUACUUGAAGCCCUGAGUCCAGUAAUUGGAAGCACUGUAAAGGGUGCAUAAGGAUUGCCAUGUUGGCAGAUUUUAAAACUGCUUGAAUUCAUAACGUGCAAGCUGCAAGGGAGCGAAACGAUCAGCAGAACUCAAAUGAAGACACAGUGAGGGAGCCACAUCCCCUAUGUCCAACUAAUAUGUAUGUAUCUGCUUCGACUUUUUUCUGUAUCUUGGAAUGAACUCAAUUAAGUGAGACAGAGUUAAGCUACUGUAAGUGGGACCUUUGUCUGUCCUCGUCUCUGCACGCCGCUUAAAAAGCCCCCUAGCACUAACUUCAGCGGACAAAUUAGAUAUAGGCUUCUACUUUACUUUCAUUUCUUAAUUAAAUCGCUCUGAGCUGUGCUUUUUUUAAAUUAAGGGUCCCUAUAAAAGAUUAUUCAUUGUGUGGAGGACUGAUACACAAACCAAAUAUGACCUUUUUUCUUCCAAAGAGGAUUACCGCUCGAUGUUGUUUUGGAUGGGAUCACUUUCCUCCAUGGAUCGAAACAUUGUGGCAUCAUAACUCCGAUUUUUUUUUCUUUUUUGCCAUCGGUAUUCACAUCCACCCGUCUGCUCUGUAAUCUGUGGGGAUAUGAAGCAGCCGUUAGUAAAAGCUAGAAAACUCAAGACUGUUGUGGCGGUCUAUCUCCAAAACAGGGGCCAACAACCUCUCUGCAAUAUUUAUGAGACUGCCUUAAUCACGGAUUGCUUAAACUCCCUUCUCUUUCUCUCUGUUUCUCUGGUCUGGAGCCUGGAAAACUGGGGUGGUGGAGGGGCACAGUAGGAAUAUAAACAGGCACUAAUUACUGCCCAUAAUGCAAUUUUCAAAACCAGUAAUUAAGAACAGUUUGAUCCACAAAGGGUUCAUCGCUCUUGAAAACGUGCUAAGCUGUGCUAAAAGCCUGAUGGCAAGAAGGCUUUCAGCUUUGAUUUGCUGCCUCACUAGGGGUGGGGAGAGAGAAAGGGAAGGUUAGUUGUUGUGUGUGGGUGGAAGAGACAGUAAUUACCCACAUUAUAUAUGUACUGUAUCAUACUCUCGUGUCGGUUUUAAACAGCUAACAGCUAAUCAUGCUUCCCUUUUUUUUUUUUUUUACUGCCAUGUUUUGACUUUAAUACUCUGAACAGUGUCGGUCCAUACGUUUGUAACAUUUGAACUGAUCCAUAUUUUGUCUCUGAUUUCAACUUUUUUACAAGGUUUGUAAGUUUACAUAACAUUUCUCAUCAAACUGGAGGCAGGGCAGGAGGAGAGAAAAUGGAAAGAGAGGUAAAACCAUACUACAUGAUGCACCCAUUACUCAAAUGAGACUCAGACAGUGUUCCUGUAAAAAAAAAAAAAAAAAAAGGAUUCAUCAUCACUGCAUAUCUACUUUGUAUCAGUGGCUGUUGCUGUAGCUCAGAGUGCUCCAUCUUCACACUUUAGUUACUGCAAAUCAUUUGUGAGGGAAUGCAAAGUGGCGGCAUUGUUGUAAAGAAGAAAAACAAUAUAACAUGAGACAAAAUAACCUGGCAAAUAAAUGAAACGUGUAGUUGUCUGAAUUCUGGAUUUCAGAAAAAAAAAAAACCUAAUUCUGCUGAUGCUAAAACCAGGUUGUUUUAUGCACUGCAUUAUACAAAAAAAAUUACUAAUGUUAUAUUAACAAAUUACUAACAAAUGUUUAUAAAAACUAGUCUAACACUGUUUGGAUUAACAGGCAUAUCUGAAAACCUAAACCAGCUAAAUGAAGUCUGAUGACGAAUGAUCGUCAACUUGAUCACAGUCUAUGAGGUUAGAAGUAUUUACAGCUGUAUGACAUCAAGCAUAAACCAGGAUGUGAUUAAUAAGUGAGUAUGACAGACACUUAAGUGACAUAUUCUCUCUGAUGUAAGAUGGAACGACACUGAGCAGGAGCUCUAUUCUCUUACUGUCUAUUGUAUAAAAACACAGCAACACACAGCCUGGGUCCUCGUGAAAUAUUGUCUCGCAGUAUUGCCUUUUGAUUGCUGCCAUACAUGUGACCAGUCUGUGAGCAUUCAUGAUGUGAUUUUUUUUUAAACUGUAAACUCUCUUCUUGGUUUUCUCUUUUUUUUUUUUUUUUUAACUUGAAACGUUCAUUUCCAUAAACUGUACAGGAUAAAUGCAUAUCUUCCGUUGAUAUCGAGACAAUGCCAUUUUUAUAACGUACUUCAGAAGGAAAUAGAGAUUUAAAAUAUACCUAUAAACUAUCUACAGGAUCAAUCUUGAUAAGAUGUGCUUGAAUCUGUCUUGUUAAGGGAUAAUAACUGAAAAAUCUACAUAAGGGCAAUGCAUGCCGUUGUUAAAUUAAGAUGUCAGCCUGUUGACCAUGGAUCAUUCAGUCUUUUCCAUUCUGGUUAAAUGAGGUGACAGAUUCCUGUCCAAUGCAUAAACGCAUCCAACUGUCAUGUUUUUUAAACCAUGUGAAAUGACUACUUUCCAGUCUGUCCUCCCUGUUCCAAUCUCCAGAUGACAUCCAGAGCGAUGACAAGAAAAUGUACACAUUUGAAAAAAGAAAGGAGCAUCUCUGCUUUCCUGCAGCGGUGCAGAUUCGCAGCGCCCACCAGUCCAUGUUGAUUCAUGACCACUGUAAUUUAAGGAGGAAGCAACAACCUUUGGCUCAGUGUUGUGUGUGAUGUCUUAUCAGUUUGUGUGUUUGUGCUGAGGGUUUGACGGCUCCGGCGAGUGUGAAUCAAAGACGACCAGUGAUGCGAGUCAGUACUAUAUUUAUUGCUGUAUUUAUUCCUCUGUGCUCAGCACCUCAAAUCUUGCAUUGCAUUGUACUGAGGGCGAGAAGCUGUCAAUAAAGUGGGUUUGAAAUGCA